AUGACUAGGGAGACUGCGUUUGCAGACAAGAUGAUGCCAUCUCUUGUCGGCGCCAACAUGGUCGGUGUGCCUCACCACCAAGUUUCUAGCGGCGCAUACACCAUCGACGCCAUGUUCAACGAACUCUCAAGGCAACUCGGUGGGCACACGAGGAGAUACUCGAGGGCGGCAAACGGGCAGCAAAGAGCAGGGAAUGCCAUGAGGAUAACCAAGCCCAACAGCGCCAGCAACAGCCCGAGGUCAUCAACACUACAGGCGCGGAGGAGGACGCUAAUCGGGGAUGCUUUUCGGGGCGGGCUUCAGGCCCCGUCCCCGGCGGUGCACCAGGCACAGCUACCGACGCCGUCGUCAGCACCCCAAGACGAGUGCUUCUACGGGCGGGAAACCUCGAGACCGGCACGCCCGGUGAGCUGGCACCCAUCGUCACAGGACGCACAACAGUCCCUCUACGCCCAGCCCGACACGAACUUUUACUCCUAUUCCGCUUACGACGACGCCCUGGCGAGCCUGCAACACUUCCCUCCCACACCGGGGCCGGGUUCGGGCUACACGUCACCGAUGGAGUCCUUCUCGCCACUCUCGCUGCCGUACUCGAGCUUCAGCUCUUCGCAGCAACAAAUCUAUUCUUCCAUGAGCCAACCUGUACCGGCGGCGCAUCAACAGCAGGCCGCGGCCUUCUCGUCAGCUACCUGCUCCUCCGAUUAUGCCGCGGUUGCCGCACCUUCGGAGAUCCCGUACCUACCCCUUACCCACGCGGCAGACGACACGAUCGCGUGGGAUCAUCACCCAGAUAGCACGGCCCUGUUCAGUCGGCCUACGGCACCCCCCACGCCGGAGGAUUUUGCUUACGCCCUCGAUCCCAACCAAGUGACGGAGACGUUGGCUCAACAAAAGCAGCCGACAAAGCCGGAAGCUGCCCAGCAGGCGUAUCAGCCGCUCAUUCACGACGACGAGAACGAUGACGAGUCUGAAGGCGAAAUCCUCUACGGCAUGGGGCUCUACGAUGCGCCGGGCCAGGUCAAGGAAUCAUCGCUGCACCAAUCUGUCGUUCACUCCCUGCUCGGGGGGGUGAGGGACAACAAGGAAGAGGAAGACACGGGCAAGGGGCUGGGUCUCAAGCUCGAGGAUGCGUGGGAGCCGCCCGCCAGCGAGGAUGAGAACGAAGAGGACAACGACGAGGACAACGACGAGGAUGACGAUGGGGAGGGACAGUAUGAUUGA